AUGGUGACAGUUUAUGAGAUCUGCCAGGCACAGAAGGCUGACGGCCCUGCAACUGUGUUGGCAAUCGGCACUGCAACUCCUCCAAACUGUGUGGAUCAGAGUACUUACCCGGACUACUAUUUCCGCAUCACAAACAGUGAGCACAAGACUGAACUCAAAGAAAAGUUCCAGCGCAUGUGUGACAAAUCUAUGAUUAAGAAGAGAUACAUGCAUUUGACUGAAAAGAUUCUGAAGGAGAAUCCUAGUAUGUGUGAGUACAUGGCACCUUCAUUGGAUGCAAGACAAGACAUGGUGGUUGUGGAAGUACCAAAGCUAGGAAAAGAGGCAGCAACAAAGGCCAUCAAGGAAUGGGGUCAACCUAAGUCUAAGAUUACCCACCUCAUCUUUUGCACCACCAGUGGUGUGGACAUGCCUGGUGCCGACUAUCAGCUAACAAAGCUCUUGGGCCUUCGUCCAUAUGUGAAGCGUUACAUGAUGUACCAACAAGGUUGUUUUGCUGGUGGAAUGGUGCUUCGUUUGGCUAAAGAUUUAGCUGAAAACAACAAAGGAGCCCGUGUGUUGAUCGUUUGUUCAGAGAUCACUGCAGUAACUUUCCGUGGACCAAGUGACACUCAUCUUGAUAGCCUUGUGGGGCAAGCAUUGUUUGGAGAUGGUGCAGCAGCUGUGAUUGUAGGUUCAGACCCAUUACCACAAGUUGAGAAACCCUUGUUUGAAUUGGUGUGGACAGCACAAACGAUCCUUCCAGAUAGUGAAGGAGCCAUUGAUGGUCAUCUUCGUGAAGUCGGGCUGACAUUCCAUCUCCUCAAGGAUGUUCCUGGUCUCAUUUCAAAGAACAUUGAGAAAGCUCUUGUUGAGGCUUUUCAACCUUUAGGUAUCUCUGAUUACAAUUCCUUAUUUUGGAUCGCACACCCUGGUGGACCAGCAAUUCUGGACCAAGUGGAAGCCAAACUAAGCUUAAAGCCAGAGAAAAUGCAAGCCACCCGUCAUGUGCUUAGCGAGUAUGGUAACAUGUCAAGUGCGUGUGUGUUAUUUAUCUUGGAUGAGAUGAGGAAGAAGUCAAAAGAAGACGGACUUGGAACAACAGGCGAGGGGUUGGAAUGGGGUGUGAUGUUUGGUUUCGGACCCGGACUCACCGUUGAGACUGUAGUGCUCCACAGUGUUGCCACUUAA